GGAAGCUUCAAGAGACGGGGUGUGUUCGUGGAGUGGCAAGGCCUGGGAUAGGAGGACACCUGACAUGGUUAGACUUGGGGAGAGGGACUUUGGUUUGUCGGACCCCCUGGAAAACCCUGCAGUAUUUGGGGAAUUGAGCUUUGGGAGUCUCCUAAGAAGGGGCACCGCUGUGGGAUGACCCCAGUAUAGAGAGAGGUGACAGGAGAUGGGGCUCCAAUGGGAACAUUGGGUAGAGGGAAGAUUCAUUAUAGAGGAGAGAAGGAAGAUCAUCGUAAGCCACUGGAAGAGACACCUCCUCCUUGUUCCCCUCAGGAGAGCGGGCCUUGAUUGGGAGGGGGACUUUGCAGCAAUGGGGGGAAGAGUUCUGAUGUGGUGGGAGGAACUGGGAUACGGUGUAGGGAGACUAUCUGGAGGAGUGUUUCCUGAUGUGGGAAGGCCUACAAGGGGAAGAGAUCUCAGCAUGAAGUACUGAGGGUCUGCUGGGAAAGAUGUGCCCUGGCGGGCUGCCACAGAGAUAGGACUUUUGUGAUACAGUUUCUCAGAUAAUCUUGGUGUGGUUGGGAGGUCUCCAGAGGACCCUGAUGUGGAUUUGAGGGACCUGCAGAGGACACUACUGUGAUUUAGGGGAACUCAGAGGACUCUGGUGUGGUUUGGGUGGACUUCAGAGUUCUCUGGAUUGGGGGAGCUACUGGGAACGGUAGAUUUUGUAGUGAAGGGACCUUGCUGUGAUAAUGGGAUGAGAUCCUGAUGGUUGGGGAAGAUUAUAAGGGGGCAAGAUUUUGCGGAGGGGGCCCUGGGGAGGGCCCAAGUAGAAAUGGAACGAACAAACCCUACUCCCCAUACUGUCUUUAGUUUCUUUUUUUUUUUUCUCUUUUCCUCCCCUCCAUUAUCCAUGUCUUUUUGUUCUCCUUCCCUGUUGUGGCCUAUACACCCCCACCACCACUCCCUGCUCUUGCAUCGCUCCUCCCCGUUCCUUUUGCAUGCCCUUGUCUUUGUUCCACGUCAUUCACUUACUUGGUCAUUUGUUGAGGGCUUCUGUUGUGUAACCCCUUUCCACCUGUCUGCUACUGCUUUCUGUCUCUUCUCUUCAUCGCCACCUGUGUUCUGUGGUACCCUUUUCCUCCUCCGUUUGAGUCCCUGCCUUCUGUCUGUGCCCACCUCUUUCCUGCCUGCCACUAUCCCACAUAUUCUCUUGUUCCAUGUUGUUCCCCUGCCUCCUUGCCUUCUCCCAGGUCUCAGCGGCGGUGGCAGCCGAGGUGCAGGAUGCGAGAAGGCGCCCCCCGGCCGGGCUCCCGCUCCAGGCCUCGCUCCCCUGCGGCCCUCUGAGCCCACCAUGGCCGUCCCACCGGGCCAUGGUCCCUUCUCUGGCUUCCCGGGGCCCCAGGAGCACCCGCAGGUAUUGCCUGAUGUGCGGCUACUGCCUCGGAGGCUGCCCCUGGCCUUCCGAGAUGCGACCUCAGCCCCACUGCGCAAACUCUCUGUGGACCUCAUCAAGACCUACAAGCACAUCAAUGAGGUAUACUAUGCGAAGAAGAAGCGGCGGGCCCAGCAGGCGCCGCCUCAAGACUCAAGUACCAAGAAGGAGAAGAAGGUCCUGAACCACGGUUAUGACGAUGACAACCAUGACUACAUCGUGCGUAGUGGCGAGCGGUGGCUGGAGCGCUAUGAGAUUGACUCACUCAUUGGCAAGGGCUCAUUUGGCCAGGUGGUGAAGGCCUAUGACCAUCAGACCCAGGAGCUGGUGGCGAUCAAGAUCAUCAAGAACAAAAAGGCCUUCCUGAACCAGGCGCAGAUCGAGCUGCGGCUGCUGGAGCUGAUGAACCAGCACGACACGGAGAUGAAGUACUACAUCGUGCACCUGAAGCGGCACUUCAUGUUCCGGAACCACCUGUGCCUGGUGUUCGAGCUGCUUUCCUACAACCUGUACGACCUCCUGCGCAACACGCACUUCCGAGGGGUCUCCCUAAACCUGACCCGGAAGCUGGCGCAGCAGCUCUGCACGGCGCUGCUCUUCCUGGCCACGCCGGAGCUCAGCAUCAUCCACUGCGACCUCAAGCCCGAGAACAUCCUGCUGUGCAACCCCAAGCGCAGCGCCAUCAAGAUCGUCGACUUCGGCAGCUCCUGCCAGCUUGGCCAGCGGAUCUACCAGUACAUCCAGAGCCGCUUCUACCGCUCCCCUGAAGUGCUCCUGGGCACCCCCUACGACCUGGCCAUUGACAUGUGGUCCUUGGGCUGCAUCCUUGUGGAGAUGCACACCGGAGAGCCCCUCUUCAGUGGCUCCAAUGAGGUGGACCAGAUGAACCGGAUCGUGGAGGUGCUGGGCAUUCCACCGGCCCCCAUGCUGGACCAGGCACCCAAGGCUCGGAAGUACUUUGAACGGCUGCCUGGGGGUAGCUGGACCUUACGAAGGACAAAGGAACUCAGGAAGGAUUACCAGGGCCCCGGGACACGGCGGCUGCAGGAGGUGCUGGGCGUGCAGACGGGCGGGCCCGGGGGCCGGCGGGCGGGGGAGCCGGGCCACAGCCCCGCCGACUACCUCCGCUUCCAGGACCUGGUGCUGCGCAUGCUGGAGUAUGAGCCGGCCGCCCGCAUCAGCCCACUGGGGGCCCUGCAGCACGGCUUCUUUCGCCGCACGGCCGACGAGGCCACCAACACGGGCCCGGCAGGCAGCAGUGCCUCCACCUCGCCCGCACCCCUCGAUACCUGCCCCUCCUCCAGCACGGCCAGCUCCAUCUCCAGCUCUGGAGGCUCCAGUGGCUCCUCCAAUGACAACCGGGCCUACAGAUACAGCAACCGAUACUGCGGGGGCCCCGGGCCCCCAAUAUCUGACUGUGAGAUGAACAGCCCCCAGGUCCCACCCUCCCAGCCGCUACGCCCAUGGGCAGGGGGUGAUGUGCCCCACAAAUCACACCAGGCCCCUGCCUCUGCCUCAUCACUGCCGGGAGCCGGCGCUCAGCUACCCCCCCAACCCCGAUGCCUUGCCCGUCCCCUGUCACCAACCUCGCCACCACCCCCGGAGCUGAUGGAUGUGAGCCUGGUGGGCGGCCCUCCGGACUGCUCCCCACCUCACCCAGCGCCUGCCCCCCAGCACCCGGCUGCCUCAGCCCUCCGGACUCGGAUGACGGGAGGUCGUCCACCCCUCCCACCUCCCGAUGACCCUGCCGCUCUGGGACCUCGUCUGGGCCUCCGUGGUGUACCCCAGAGCACGGCAGCCAGCUCAUGACCCUGCCCCCUCCCUGGGGCCCCCCGAAGCCAUACCCCCUCCCCGCCUGGGGGCCCUGGGCUCCCAUCCUCAUCUCUCCCCUCGACUGGAAUUGCUGCUACCCAGCUGGGGUGGGUGAGGCCUGCACUGAUUGGGGCCUGGGGCAGGGGGUCGAGGAGAGGGGUGUGGCCAAACCCUCCCGACUAAGGACUGGACCCUUGCCCCCUCCCCUCCACCUUGUUUUCUAUUUAUUGUACCAAAGACAGUGGUGGUCUGAUGGGGGUGAGGAGGAGACCCUCCUCACCCCGGGACCCUAGGAGGGGGUGGGGGCAGGUAGGGGGAGAUGGCCUUGCUCCUCCUCGCUGUACCCCCAGUAAAGAGCUUUCUCACAUGCCUGCCUGAGCGUUUGCAGGGCCUUGGCUCCCCUUAUCCGGCCCACAGAAGCAUGGUUGGGAACGGUGCCUCUGGGGAGGGUGUGCUGGAAAAGCUUUGUGGUGCUGGGUACACCCCUUCUGGAGUACUUACGGUUGUCAACCUAGACGUGGGGCUGCAGAAGGUCUGAGCUGCAGAAUCUAGACAGGGAUUCCUGAGGAUCGUAGCCCACGUUUGCUCUUUUUAUCUGGGCAAACGGACCCUGAAAAGGGGGUAAGGUCGCAGCUUGCCUGUCCCUCGGAAGCAUCAGGUUCUGUCCUAAUAAGCCUGGGCUUCCACUGUCUUCGCCGGAGUGGCUGCUCGGGCCAGACAGGCACCCUGUAGGUGCUCUGUGCUCAGCAGGCCUUCUUGGUACCAUCUGGGCAGUAGGCAGGCGGUGGGUACAGGCUUUUCCCACGGAAAUGCCCCCUCCCACCUUCGGGAGCCAGUGUGGAGCAAAGCAUUUUGAGAUUCUCACGGAAAAAAAUUCCAGGGGUUCCAGGGAAGUGGAGCUCGGGUCAAUUUCCACGACAACUGGGAAAGCUGUUUCCCACCUGGCCAAUCAAGAGCCGUCUGGUUCAAAGAGUACUGCUUCCCACCACUGGCACGCGGCGCUUCAUGGGCGAUGGAGUUCUGCGUAGGAACCUCGUUUCUUCCUGGCUUCAUUGCUGUGGAACUACAAAGACCAGAGUUCUUUUCGCCCACGUGGUCGGGGGGCGGGUUCUCAGGAAAGCCAAUCGGCAGUCAGGUAGGGUCCGCGUGUUUGAGGUGGGAGGACAGGGCCGUGAUUGGGUGGCUCUGAGCGUGCUGUACGCAGGUGCAGGGUUUUCCCGGCGGUGUGGGGGCUGGGUCUUUGGGCCGUCGUCCAGCCGGAAGCUGCGUCCCGCGAGAGGAUGCAGGUCGGGCGUCCGUGCUUACGGAGCAGGUGGUAGGCGCUGAGGCCUGAAGCGGACCCGUCACGGGGGCAUCACUAGCCGCUGUGCCCGGCCGGGCUCGCAACAGACAAGGGGCCCGUUA